UAAAAAUAUAACUUGAAAAUUAGGCUGCUCACAAUGUUGCUGGCAAGCUGUUACUUAUGUCAUACACGUGUCCUAUUUCUAAAAGCGAUAGUCUACAUCUUGCGCACUAUAGUUUACGGAUGGCACCGCUCCAAAGUCGGAAGAGGCGCAUCGGCUUCACAAAACGCCAAAACCAAUCACAAUCCAACAGUAGUGCUGGGGUUGGAGUCAGAAGUGUUAACUGUUUCGGUGCAGAGUACGGUAACAAAACAACUCUUGAACCCAGUUCAGCUUACUUCUGAGGCCCAGAGUAACUGUUCCGGCUUUUGUUCUCCUAAAAUUCUGAACUGAAAGAAUUCUGAAAUAGCCUUCGACGAGUAGGCUAGAAGACACGAUUACUGCAUUCAGAUCCUUUCUUGGAGCCACUUUUAGCACACAGCUUUUGCAGUGUGGGAACGUGUCUGGACUGCUACCCUUCUGACAAAAUUAUGAAGCUGUCUUGUUUUUGGAGUGCCAUGCUUCUCUUUCUUCUUUCCGGACUCAGAGACUGUGAUGGCGGUAAUAUUUUGGUAUUUCCAGUUGAUGGAAGUCAUUGGAUAAACAUGGAUAUCAUAAUAAAGGCACUGCACUCUAGAGGCCACAAUAUUACUGUCAUACGAUCCACUCACAGCUGGUACAUCAAAGAGAGCUCAUCUUAUUACACGACUAUUACUGUUCCAGUGGAAGGAAGUGUGGUUAACAAAGAGUAUAUAACAAAGAUCGUUAAAAAUGUCAUGGAUUUUCAAAGUGGUGAACUUCCAUUGAUGACUUUUCUCAAAGUAUCAGUAGGGAUGUUCAGCACGUUUGCUGAAUUUCACCAAAAUGUGUGUAAUUUUGUGGCAGCAAUUCUUAAUAAUGAUGGGCUAAUUCAGACCAUGAAGGCCAGCAAUUUUGAUCUCAUGUUAACUGAUCCUGCCUGGGGAGGUGGUGUCAUUUUAGGCAAAUAUUUAAAUCUUCCGUUGGUCUAUAAUGUUCGCUGGGUUAUUACAAAAGAUGCACAUUCAUGUCUUGCUCCUUCCCCUAUCUCAUAUAUCCCUUUAACAGGAACUGCCUAUACUGAUAAGAUGACUUUUCUGCAGAGGGUCAAUAAUGUGAUUUUAAAUGUCAUCACACAAACGCAGUACUCUCUUGUUGUGAUGCACACAUAUCAGCAACUGUCUGAAAAAUAUUUUGGACCAAGCAUCAACUUUAACGAUUUAGUUCUUGAUGCUGAAAUCUGGUUAAUGAGAGUGGACUUUGUGUUUGAGUUUCCACGUCCCACAAUGCCUAAUGUGGUCUAUAUGGGAGGGUUCCAGUGUAAACCUGCUAACCCACUCCCUGCACAAAUAGAGGACUUUAUUCAAAGCUCUGGAGACCAUGGAGUUAUCCUCAUGUCUAUGGGGACAUUUGUGAAUGAACUUCCUCGUGGUUUGACAGAUGACAUAGCAGCAGCUUUUGCUAAACUGCCACAGAAAGUCAUCUGGAAACAUAAAGGCUACAUACCAGCCUCACUGGGAAACAACACUUUACUUGUGGACUGGAUUCCUCAGAAUGACAUCCUGGGACACCCCAAAACAAGACUGUUUGUGGCUCAUGGGGGAACAAAUGGACUUCAAGAAGCUAUGUAUCAUGGAGUGCCUGUAGUGGGUGUACCUGUGUUCUUUGACCAGUAUGAUAACUUGCUGCGCCUACAAGCAAGGGGAGGGGCUAAAAUACUCUCUUUGUCCACAGUAAAUAAAAAUAACUUUCUCAGUGUUGUUCAGGAAGUCUUAUCUGACCAGUCAUACAGGGAGAACAUGCAGAGACUGUCCAGGCUCCACAGAGACCAGCCAAUACAGCCGCUCAACAGCGCCAUCUUCUGGAUAGAGUUUGUCAUGAGACACAAAGGAGCAGCUCAUUUGAAAUCCGAGUCCUACAGAAUGCCAUGGUAUUCUUAUCGCUCUGUAGAUGUGGCUUGUUUUUUAGCAGCAAUACUGGCACUUGUUCUUAUAACCACUGCGAUGUUGAUUAGAUGCUUAUGUUAUACAUUGUGCAUAAACAAAGCCAAACAAGAUUGAUUUGUAAACAACAAAUUCACCCUGAUCACACUGUUUAAUGAAAAAUAUCUUGUAAAUGUAACCUUUA